AUGAAUGCAGAUCAGUUCAAUCAAUUCCUUACUAUCUUUCAAGAACAACAAAGACAACAGCAAGAAAACCAGAACAAGUUUAUUAAAGAAGUAUUAGAAACUGUCUUAAAACAGAAUGAUCAACAGACUGAGAUACCUCGGACAGUUUCAAUUGCCGAAGUUUUCCUGAGAGCCCAGUUUAUUCGAGGUUUGCGAGAUGACUGGCUACGAGAACAAAUUCUACAGUCAACUGAAACUACUUUUGAAGGAAUCCUUACCAGAGCAAUCGCCCUCGAAGCAUCAAAAAUUGAAUCCAGGGAACUGUCUAAACGUUCACAUUCAAGUAAUGCAAAUUUCAAUAUAUGUGACGAUGUGAAUAAAGUUUCACAUAAAGCAAGGAAAUCUCAAUUCCAAACCGGUAAUCGACCUUUCAGACAGCAACAGGGUCACUCCUCACACUCUCGAAAACGUCCAGAUCUGAAAUCUCUUGGAAUUGGUAAUCUUUGCUUCAGGUGUGGAAAAGACAAUCACCAAGCAUCCGAGUGCCGCACCGACAAAUCUAAGCUCAAGUGCAACAAAUGUAACAAGCAAGGACACAUAUCUAAAGUGUGCAUUUCGACCCUUAUCGCAGAACAGAAGAAAAUCAAUUCUCCCAGUGCAGCCAACUACAUCCAGUGCUGUUCUCCCACAGAGUCUACAUCAAAAUUUUCUGAUUACGGACUAAAUAAAGUAACUAAUGUCAAUUCAAGCCCAAAGUUACUAGAUCUGUUUGAAGUAAAUAACGAUUCAGACAAAUACAUGAUCACAGUUAAUCUCAAUGGUAAACCACAACAAUUCGAAGUAGACACAGGAGCAAAAUUCUCACUUCUAGCUAAAAAUGAUUUCGACAAACUCAAAUUGGACAUUCCAUUGGAAACAACUAACAUUGCUUUCAGAACUUACUCAGGUAAUAUUAUCAAACCUGAAGGGAAAGUGAAAAUAAAUGUUACUUACUGUGGACGUUGCGUCAAAGAGGAACUCCACAUUGUUCCAACAGGACACGAAGCACUCUUGGGACGUCAAUGGAUAAGAGCCCUAGGAAUCGAACUGAACAAAUUGAAUGAAGACACAAAUCAAAGCACUCAAAUUUCCCAAAUCAAAAGAAUCCAGUCUCCUGAAGAAAUCUUUCAGUCUUUUUCCAACAUUUUUGAAGAGAAAAUUGGAUGCGUUCCAGACUUCAAAGUGUCAUUACAGCUUCGAAAUGGUGCAAAACCUAUUUUUGUUAAGGAACGAAAUGUCCCACAUGCUUUAACCGACCGAGUGAACAAGGAAUUGGACACACUGGAAAAUGAAGGGAUCAUUUCACCCGUGGAGGCCAGCGAUUGGGGAUCGCCACUGGUUGUCAUUCCUAAACCAGACGGUGGUGUCCGCCUCUGCGUCGAUUACAAAUGCGGUGUCAACGAGCGUCUAAUUCAAGCAAAUCAUCCUAUAAGGCGUAUUGAUGAUGUUAUUGACAGUUUGCGCAAUUCAAAAUACUUUUGCAAACUUGACCUCUACAAAGCCUAUUUACAUCUCCAGGUGGAUGAAGAAUCUAGCAUGAUACAGACAAUGACGACUCACAGAGGUACUUAUAGAGUACAUAGACUCAGUUUUGGCAUCAAAACUGCACCAUCAGAAUUCAACCGCAUACUCUCUCAGAUCUUAAAGGGGUUACGUAAGACAGAAGCAUAUUUUGAUGACAUUAUUGUGCAUGGUUCGACCAUUGAAGAAUGCAGUGAAAAUUUACAAGCCUGUCUACAGAGACUCUCUGAUUACAAUUUACAUGUCAACAGAAACAAAUGCUCAUUUUUUCAAGAAAAAAUUGAGUAUUUAGGACGAGUCGUAGAGUUCAACAAAAUUAGUAAAUCUCCAACGAAAAUUCAAGCAGUCCAACAGAUGCCUCGCCCGUCCAAUACUGAAGAGGUCAAACGUCUACUCGGACUUGUGUCGUACUACUCACGUUUCAUCCCUGAUGCUUCAACAUCACAUAUCCUCUGCGACGUCUGUUACAGAAAAAUAUGA